GCUAGAGCGAUGAAGUCGCCGCCUGGGGUUGGUGUGCGAGGGGUUGUCGGCUGAUUGGCCGAUCUCGCUUAUGUCAUCUCGCCAAGCCCACAGAAGACCGAGAAUCGUCAAUUUUGAGCGCGCAACCCAACGCCAACGCCAUCGACAACGACAACGACAACAUCACCGACGAGCAUCGACAAGCCGCCAUCAUGUCGCUCGUAACUGGGGAGAAAUCCAACUUCCAGUACAUUAUUCGUCUGCUUAACACCAAUGUGGACGGCAAGCAGAAGGUGAUGUAUGCGCUCACAAAGAUCAAGGGCGUCGGCCGGCGCUACUCCAACUUGGUCUGCAAGAAGGCUGAUGUCGACCUCACCAAACGCGCCGGCGAUCUCACCUCUGAGGAGCUCGAGCGUAUCGUCACUAUCAUGCAGAAUCCUCUGCAGUACAAGAUUCCCACAUGGUUCCUCAACAGGCAGCGUGAUAUUGUCGAUGGCAAGAACUCCCAGAUCCUAGCCAACGGUGUCGACUCCAAGCUUCGAGAAGAUCUCGAACGUCUCAAGAAGAUUCGCGCCCAUCGUGGUCUACGACACUACUGGGGCCUGCGUGUCCGUGGCCAGCACUCCAAGACAACUGGUCGUCGCGGCAGGACGGUUGGUGUGUCCAAGAAGAAGGGAUAAAUGUUCUCGCCGGUGCUGGAAAGCCGGGGCUUUGCGUGGUGCGGGAACAAGGCUUCUGCGGAUGGGUGGUGCACUUACGGUGUUAUCAAACGGCAUUCAUUGGCAUCCACGCCUACAUUUCAUCCUGGGCUUGUACACGAGACGAAACGGCAUGAAAGGGCUUUAUGGUGGUAGG